GGCGCUUACGAAAAAGGAACGGAAGGCUAAUCGCGACGAACCAUGGCAGCACUGGCUGCUGCUUGCGGUGGUCCGGGAAGGAAGAAGUUGACCGCUUGGGUCACGGUUGCUGCCUUCCGCACGCAGGACAGAGAUCACGCGGUACUGUUGAGAAGAGGUUGUUCACAAUAUAAACCUGUAACCAGCAAUGAGGAUAUGCCUAUACCAAUGGAAAAUCCUUAUAAGGAGCCUCUGAAGAGAUGUAUCUUGUGUAAGAAACGUGUAGACUAUAAGAAUGUACAGCUUUUGUCCCAGUUUAUUUCUCCAUUUACUGGAUGCAUUUAUGGAAGGCAUAUAACAGGUCUUUGUGGGAAGAAACAAAAGGAAAUAACAAAAGCCAUUAAGAGAGCCCAAAUAAUGGGGUUCAUGCCUGUCACAUACAAGGAUCCUGCGUACCUCAAAGACCCUAAAGUUUGUAACAUCAGAUACCGAGAAUAAAUGUUAGGUUAUUGCUAAUAAACCUGCAAGUAGCUGUAUGUUAGCACUGACUCAAACAUUUGGGUAGAAAAGUAUUUCAACAAAUGAAAAAGGAAGUUUACUCACCACACACUCACUGUUUCAGGACAGAUUAACGUGUUAAUUCUCAUUACAUUGUACUAUUUUGAAUAAAGGAGGUGCUUUGUGGUUGUCA